CGAUUCAGGAGGUUCGUUCCUUUUUUAAAGGACCCUAAUCACUCUGAGUACCACUGACUCACUCAGUGUGCGCGAUUCAUUUCAAAAACGAGCCAGCCUCUUCUUCCUUCGUCUACUAGAUCAGAUCCAAAGCUUCCUCUUCCAGCUAUGGCUGCUUCAGUACACUGUACCUUGAUGUCCGUCGUAUGCAACAACAAGAAUCACUCUGCUCGGCCGAAACUUCCAAACUCGUCUUUGUUACCUGGAUUCGAUGUUGUUGUUCAAGCUGCUGCUACUCGAUUCAAGAAGGAAACAACAACCACAAGAGCCACUUUGACGUUUGAUCCACCAACCACUAAUUCUGAGAGAGCUAAGCAGAGAAAACACACCAUUGAUCCUUCUUCUCCUGAUUUUCAACCAAUUCCAUCUUUUGAAGAAUGCUUUCCUAAGAGCACUAAAGAACACAAGGAAGUUGUCCAUGAAGAAUCUGGUCAUGUUCUUAAAGUUCCCUUUCGUCGUGUUCAUUUGUCUGGUGGUGAGCCAGCUUUUGAUAAUUAUGACACUAGUGGUCCUCAAAAUGUUAAUGCACACAUUGGGCUUGCUAAGCUAAGGAAGGAGUGGAUUGAUCGUCGGGAGAAGCUAGGAACACCAAGAUACACUCAAAUGUACUACGCUAAGCAAGGGAUCAUAACUGAGGAAAUGCUCUACUGUGCUACUAGGGAGAAGCUAGACCCUGAGUUUGUAAGAUCAGAAGUUGCACGAGGACGGGCGAUUAUCCCUUCCAACAAGAAGCAUUUGGAGCUGGAACCGAUGAUUGUUGGUAGAAAGUUCUUGGUCAAGGUCAAUGCGAAUAUCGGAAACUCUGCUGUUGCCAGCUCUAUUGAAGAGGAAGUCUACAAGGUUCAGUGGGCAACCAUGUGGGGAGCUGAUACAAUCAUGGAUCUCUCAACUGGUCGUCACAUCCAUGAGACACGUGAGUGGAUCCUAAGGAAUUCAGCUGUGCCUGUUGGUACGGUGCCUAUUUAUCAAGCACUUGAGAAAGUGGAUGGAAUUGCUGAGAAUCUUAACUGGGAGGUUUUCAGAGAGACUCUGAUUGAACAAGCUGAGCAAGGUGUAGACUAUUUCACAAUCCAUGCUGGAGUUUUGCUGCGUUACAUUCCCUUAACUGCCAAGCGUUUGACCGGGAUCGUUUCGCGUGGAGGAUCCAUUCAUGCUAAAUGGUGCUUAGCUUACCACAAGGAGAACUUUGCUUACGAGCACUGGGAUGACAUUCUAGACAUCUGUAACCAGUAUGAUGUGGCUCUUUCCAUUGGAGAUGGUCUGAGACCUGGCUCCAUUUAUGAUGCUAACGACACUGCUCAGUUUGCAGAGCUCCUUACUCAAGGUGAACUAACUCGCCGAGCGUGGGAAAAAGAUGUGCAGGUGAUGAAUGAAGGGCCAGGGCAUGUCCCAAUGCACAAGAUUCCAGAGAAUAUGCAGAAGCAGUUGGAGUGGUGUAACGAGGCACCAUUCUACACCCUUGGUCCUUUGACUACUGAUAUUGCCCCUGGAUAUGAUCACAUUACCUCUGCCAUUGGAGCUGCCAAUAUUGGAGCCUUGGGUACAGCUCUUCUUUGCUAUGUAACACCAAAAGAACACCUUGGGCUACCAAACAGGGACGAUGUGAAGGCCGGGGUUAUAGCAUACAAGAUCGCCGCUCAUGCAGCUGAUCUAGCCAAACAGCAUCCACAUGCUCAGGCAUGGGACGAUGCGCUGAGCAAAGCGCGGUUUGAGUUUAGAUGGAUGGACCAAUUUGCUCUGUCGUUGGACCCCAUGACUGCUAUGUCUUUCCAUGAUGAAACUCUUCCAGCUGAUGGAGCCAAGGUUGCACACUUUUGCUCCAUGUGUGGACCAAAAUUCUGCUCUAUGAAGAUAACAGAAGACAUCCGAAAGUAUGCAGAGGAGAAUGGUUAUGGCAGUGCUGAAGAAGCAAUCAGACAAGGAAUGGAUGCUAUGAGUGAAGAAUUCAACAUCGCAAAGAAAACCAUUAGCGGAGAACAGCACGGUGAAGUAGGUGGAGAAAUAUAUUUGCCAGAGAGCUAUGUCAAAGCUGCUCAGAAAUAAAAGGCAAAUGUUUUAAACAAGACCUUGCUUACCCAAGUCUUGGUGCCUGUUGGACUAUACCUGGAUAAAGGCACAAACUGUUGGUAAGCUUAGUAGUCUCUAUGUCAUGUUACUUUUAGAACUAUCUAUGUUGUCUGUUCAUUUGAGUCAGAGUCAGCAAUAAAGACAAUCUAAGUUGAUGUUUCAAUACUUUUUUGUGUGAUUUGGUUGGUGAAUUGACAUGCAAAAGCACCAGGGGUGCUUGAACCAGGAUAGCCUGCGAAAAGGCGGGCUAUCCGGGACCAGGCUGAGAAAGUCCCUUUGAACCUGAACAGGGUAAUGCCUGCGCAGGGAGUGUGCAGUUUUUUUUUUUUCCUGUAGCUUUCUAAAGGAGAAGAAGCUACUGUUGCCGCUCGAGUCUCGUUCCACGGUUUUCAACAGUUAGUUUCUUAUGAGCUAAGAGAUUCAGCUUAAUUGGCUUACAGCCAUAAAAGAAGUCUUUAACUGAUGCACUAAGUCACUAACAGUAGGGAAUAAUUCAAUCAAAAAAUCAUCCAGAUUGAUAAAAAUGCAUUUGCACCUUUGGGGCAUAAGCUGAAAUUACUCUGCUCGCACAAAUCAGAUUUUUAAAACUUAUGAUCAUGUUUUCAACUUAUACUCGUUUGUUUACAUAAUGGGAUGAUCAGUUGUUCACUUUGAGCAAAGCAUACUGGGCAGGUGUAGGGAAAGUGAAGCUCAUGAAACUGAUCCACUGUAAUUCUCAUUGUUCAGCUUUUAUUUACACAAAUGUGCGAGUCAACACGUAAAAGAUUAUGAUAUAUUGCAGUAGAACAUAAGUAAAACGACCUUACCAAAUGCGAAAGAAAGCUUUUCGAGCCGGAAUGAUCAAAAGGUUACACAUUCUGUACUCAUUUUCCUGCUAUAUGAGAUCACACAAUUAUCAAGAGCCUGAAACUCUGGAAUACCAAUAUUUAGACACGUUACAUAGAGUUUUGAAGGUUUCUCAUUUGACCAGCUCCUGUGUUUGACAUGCUUUGGUUUCAUAUGGUUAAUGUUUCUGCUAAAUCAACCAUGAGAGAUGUGAACUAUUUCUAUAUCAUGUGUCUGUAACGUUGGGGCCGCUUGUGAGCCUCUUCCUUCACCAUUUUCAGUUUGAUCAGUUAAUAACCUCAUGUAAAAGCAGUGAGAGAGAGAAGAGAUCAGAGAUGGCACACUGUUUCCUUUGGAAAUCCUGGGCGUUGUUAUGUUUGAUCGUAGGCUUUGUGACUGGUAAAGAAAAAAACAGCAUGUAUGUUAUGUUCAAAAUACUAAAAAACGACUCGUAG